AUGAAGAAGACCGAGAUUAGUUCCGAGAAGUUGCAUUUAAGCAGACUAAGAGAGAGUUUAAGUAACAUCAGGAUGAAGUGUUUGUGUUCUGGUGAACAAAUGAGACUUAUAGAUGAGCAAGACAACAAGCGACCAGGCCUUGAUGUAAACUCAGCUUCAGCUGCUGAGAAGCUUGAUAAUGUGAACAUUGACGAAUUAGAGUUAUCUCUGCGUGAGACUAGUUCUUUAAACUACGAGGAGGCGAGCGCGCUUUUGGGGAGGAUUGAGUAUCAGAAAGGGAACAUAGAGGCGGCAUUGCGAGUCUUUGAACGGAUUGAUAUCAAUGGGAUCACAAUAAAGAUGAAAACCGCUUUAACUGUUAGACAAGAACCAAAAUAUAGAAGACGGUCCAAAACCAGCUUUGCUCCUCCUCCUCCCAUGUCUGUUAAUUUGCUCUUUGAUGCUAUUUUCCUCAAAGCGAAGUCUCUCCAGCGUCUUGCAAGGUUCCAAGAAGCUGCGCAGUCUUGCAGAAUCAUUCUUGAUAUAUUGGAGGCUUCUUUAUCUGAAAAUGUAAUAGAUGAUAUUAAGUUGAAGGAGACGCUGACAAAAGCAGUUGAGCUGCUUCCUCAGCUAUGGAAACUAGCUGACUCGCCGCAUGAUGCUAUCUUGUCUUACAGAAGAGCGCUUCUCAAUCACUGGAAGCUUGAUCCUGAAACCAGAGCAAGAAUUCAGAAAGAGUACGCCGUGUUUCUUCUCUACUCCGGUGUAGAAGCAGUCCCGCCGAACCUGCGCUCUCAGACUGAAGGAGCUUUCAUUCCUAGGAACAAUGUAGAGGAAGCUAUCCUUCUUCUCUUGUUACUUCUCAGGAAAGUUAACCAGAAGAGAAUCUCGUGGGAUGCAGCCAUCUUGGACCAUCUCACGUUCGCUCUUACGGUUGCAGGAGAUCUAACCGCUCUGGCUAAGCAACUUGAAAAGCUUAGACCUGAGAUAUUAGACCAGAGGGAGCUUUAUUAUACGUUGUCUUUGUGUUACAAUGGUGCAGGAGAAGAUCUUGUAGCGCUUGGUUUGUUAAGGAAGCUGUUUUCAGAACGGGAGGAUGUGUCUGGUUUGCUAAUGGCUUCUAAGAUAUGUGGUGAGGGGUCUGGUCUCGCUGAGGAAGGCAUAGACUAUGCGAGAAGAAGCUUAGGCAACGAGUGCGUUCAGUUAGAUGGUGCGGCGCGUUUAGUUUUAGGCAUUGCACUCACUGAAAGCUCGAGAGUAUCAGCUACUGAGGCCGAGCGUGUAGCUAGGCUAUCUGAGGGGAUGCAGGCUCUGGAGUCUACGGAUAUGACAGACCCCAGAGUCCUGCACCGUCUCGCGUUGGAGAACGCAGAGGAGAGGAAGCUGGAUUCAGCGUUAGCUUACGCUAAGCACGCGUUGAAGCUUGGAGCAGAGUCUGAUCUUCAAGUAUGGCUGCUUCUAGCUCGGAUUUUAUCUGCGCAGAAGCGGUUUUCAGACGCGGAGAGCAUUGUUGACGCAGCGCUUAACGAGACGGGGAAGUGGGAGCAAGGGAGGCUGUUGCGUCUGAAGGCAAAGCUUCGUGUAGCUAAAGGAGAAGUGAAGGAUGGGAUUGAGACUUACACACAGCUUCUCGCACUCCUUCAGGUUCAAAGCAAAAGCUUCAGCUCUGUAAAGAAGAUGCCAAAGGGAUAUGAUGUAGAGGGGUUGAGGAGUCUGGAGCUUGGGACGUGGCAUGAUCUUGCUCAUAUUUAUAUAAACCUCUCGCAGUGGCGUGACGCGGAGACAUGUCUCUCGAGAUCAAGACUCAUCGGUCCUUACUCUCCUGCAAGAUACCACACCGAAGGUGUACUGUACAAGAGACAAGGCCAACUAGAAGAAGCGAUGGAGGCGUUCACAACUGCUCUGGACAUCGAUCCAAUGCACGUCCCGAGCCUAAUAUCCAAGGCUGAGAUUCUAAUGGAGCUAGGGAACGGAUCAAGCAUAGCAGUUGUAAGAAGCUUUUUAAUGGAGGCUCUUAGGAUUGAUAGGCUGAACCAUACGGCUUGGUAUAUUCUUGGGAAGAUGUUUAAAGCUGAAGGAUCUGUCUCGUCUAUGCAAGAAGCUGUGGAGUGUUUUCAGGCUGCCGUUACACUGGAAGAAACGAUGCCAGUGGAGCCAUUCAGAUGAUCCUUUGUUGUGUUUUGUUUUAAUAGAUGCAUGUAUGUGUGGGUAUAUCUCAUCUGAUGUGAAGUUUAUAUUCUGUUAUACAGAGUUGAAAUAAACUCAAUAGUUUUUUGUCAGGUUAUAUUGUAAAAGACAGAUAACAUUUCAUAACAGAGAAAUU